GUCGGCCAGGGGAGGCAAGCCUUACAUGUAGCCAGGGGUCAAUGCAACUGCUAUGCAGUGCGCAUGACCUGCGGUAUCAUCGUCAAGAGCAACCAUCGUCGUCUUCAUCCGCAUGGAGCUGUUCGAUGUCUAUUGUUGCGUACUAUUCUGGGGGUGGGUAACAUCUCCGCGUGAGCAACGUGGCAAGUCAUUGUGUGAUGCUCGAUCCGGCGAGUAUCCAGAGGAAGAGGAUACAGAUCCGGAAGGCAAUUACCAGAGGAUAGCGCCGAGCCAAGACGAGGAAAGUAAGUAUCGAAGGAAAGGAAUGAAGAGGGAAAGGUUAAAAGCCCAAGAGCAAGUAGAAGAACUAGAACAUGGCGGGGACGGAUCCGGUGACACCCCAUCACGUGGCCCCCUUCCAAGCUGGAACUUUGCUCCCCGCGCAUCCAAGUUGAAUCUGGAAUCCGAAACAAGUUGCGUCUUCAUCAUUACGACGCAUAGAUCUCCCCAAUUGGACCAUGGUACGAGAUCAGGAGUUCAAACGAGUGACCGGCUCAUCACCCUGCCAAGGAACUUACUUCAACCUCCUUCCCAGGCACGCCCCAGGAGUUCGCGUCAGGCAACAGCAAUUAAAUGACUAACAGCUUUCCCUUGGUUAACUAUUCCUCCAGACUCCAUACCUCAGCCGCAGUGGAUUCCAACGGUCGAUAGUGUCUUGAAGUGGACGAACACCUGAAUAAUUAGGGGUGAAUCAUCCUCCAUCCUUUCAUACUCUACCACCAAUCGAAUCAAUAUGGGGACUGUGAUUAUAUUUCAGGGGAACUAUGGCCCCCCAAAGACCCAAUGCCCACUUCUAUACUAAAUGGUGGAAUCCAGUCCUAUCAUCUAGAAGCCCUGUUUAACAAGCCUUCUGGACAAAUCAUGAGCUCGAGUCAACUUCAUUGGACUCGGAUAAAGAACUCAAAGC